ACAGCAACUUACACCUUAUUCCACAGCAUUCGCUACCUUUCAACUUUGAUUGUGUAUUGAUUGUGUAUUGGGGAUAAGCUAGCCGCCCCCCAGCUGGUGGAACCCAAUCCUGCCAAUGCAUCAGAUCUACAACCUUCGAUCUUUCACUUCACCUUCGAAUCAUGUCGCUCUCCGGUUCCUUCGCUAUGCCCGAUACACCGGGCUCCGAUAAUGACGAUAUCGAUUCCCUUCCUUCCACCUCUACCGAAAGCUUCACAACCGAUGAUGACGAUUUCGAUGCGCAAAGGGAAUGGGAGCAGAGCUUAGAACAGUUACAACUACUCUUAACUAUGGUCUUGGUGCCAUUUGCUGGAAAAUAUCUCGGCCGCAAGUUUGCCUACUGGAGUUGGGCACGAUAUAUGGAAUGGAUGCAUAAUGUUGAGAUCAAAUGGACGAAUAAAACGGCAUUUAAAGCUUCAGGUGCAGUUGAAGCAGCGGCGACGCUUUGAACAACCAGAUUUCUGGUCUACCUAGAUUUUCGGAGGGACACUUUUUGCGGAUAUAGACCGGAUGGCACCCUAUUUGUGUAUAUAAGGGCAUUGAUGUGGAUACAGGGGAUCAUCGGCAUGUGACACCGUGAUGCCAAAAGCAAUCAAAAUUACCAUCUCGGCAGCCCAUCCCUAACCCCGGAUACGUCGCAUGCUACCGUUAGGCCUUGAUGAUUCUCAUCCGAGAUAGCAAAAUAAGAGCCUAACAGCAGCUCCGAGAAUCUUUCAGUAUCUUUGGCUUUAAAGAUGCCUUCUUCCGGGGCUCUAGCGUGCCACGAUAAUAGGAAAUAAAUUCUCGUCGUCCAAUUGUCGAACUCGCUAGAUCAGCCUGCCCUGUUAAGAGGAGCCAUAGGUAAUCGAA